GGAACAGCUCAUUAACGAGUGAUGUAAAUCGUGCCUAUAAGUCUCUGUGUCCAUGAUCUCGCCAAAAAUGGUAGCAGCGCAUACUUCUACUCAUUCUUCUGCCUCUGCAGAAUGGAUCGUUUGUCUCGAUAAAAGGCCAACCGAACGAUCAGGGGAGGAUGUGGACAUCAUACUGGCCCGGCUGAAAAAUGUGAAGGCCUUCGAGAGGUUCAACCCCAGGCUCCUACAUGAGAUAUGCCUGUGCGGAUUUUAUGAAUGUCUGGAGAAAGGGAUCACAUUGUACCGACAGGGGGACAUUGGGACCAGCUGGUAUGCUGUUUUGUCUGGAUCUCUGGAUGUCAAAAUCUCAGAGACUGCCAAUCACCAGGAUGCAGUCACAAUCUGCACUCUGGGAAUUGGCACGGCGUUUGGGGAGUCCAUCUUGGAUAACACCCCCCGGCACGCCACCAUUGUGACGCGGGAAGUGAGCGAGCUCCUGCGCAUCGAGCAGAGAGAGUUCAAGGCCCUGUGGGAGAAGUACCGUCAGUGCAUGGCUGGCCUUCUCGCCCCACCCUAUGGUGUUAUGGAAAGUGGACCCAGCAGUGACAGAAUGCCAGACAAAGAGAACUUAAACAACAACACUUUGGGAUCCAUGUCUAAACAUCUUAGCAAGACAUCACACAUUGAAACCCAGGCCAAACCCCAUCCUAAAUCCAUUUACCAGGUUCCUUCAGAAAAGAUAUUGCGGGCAGGGAAGGUCCUACGCAAUAUCAUCCUGUCCAGGGCUCCUCAUAUGAUCAGAGACAGGAAGUACCAUCUGAUGACAUACAAGCAGUGCUGUGUGGGCACAGAGCUGGUGGACUGGCAGAUUCAGCAGAGCUCCUGUGUGCAUUCCCGUGUCCAAGCAGUGGGCAUGUGGCAGGUGCUGCUGGAGGAGGGGGUCCUCAACCACGUGGACCAGGAGCUGAACUUCCAGGACAAGUACCUGUUUUACCGUUUCCUGGACGACGAGCAGGACGGCGCCGUGCCGCCGAGCGAGGAGGAGAUGAAGGAGAGCGAGGACGAGCUGCAGGACACACUGCUGCUGCUGUCCCAGAUGGGCCCCGACGCCCACAUGCGCAUGAUCCUCCGCAAGCCGCCGGGCCAGAGGACAGCGGAUGAUUUGGAGAUCAUUUAUGAGGAGCUGCUGCACAUCAAGGCCUUAUCUCACCUCUCCACCACCGUCAAAAGGGAAUUGGCCGGUGUGCUCAUCUUUGAGUCUCAUGCCAAGGCUGGAACUGUGCUGUUUAAUCAAGGUGAAGAAGGCACUUCCUGGUACAUCAUCCUGAAGGGUUCUGUAAAUGUUGUCAUCUAUGGGAAGGGCGUUGUGUGCACUCUGCACGAGGGCGACGAUUUCGGGAAGCUCGCUCUGGUGAACGAUGCGCCCAGGGCGGCCUCCAUUGUCCUGCGCGAGGACAACUGCCACUUCUUGCGUGUGGACAAGGAGGAUUUCAACCGGAUCCUGAGGGAUGUAGAAGCUAACACAGUUCGUCUGAAGGAGCAUGAGCAGGAUGUGUUGGUGCUGGAGAAGGCCAUUGGCCGCACCUCUAGCCAUGGAGCCUUCUCAUCCCACCACAAAUACACUGUUAUGGCAGGCACACCUGAGAAGAUCCUGGAGCACUUCCUGGAGACUAUGAGGCUAGACUCACAAUUCACUGAGACAGACCCAGCCCUGGACGACUUUGUCCUCAUGCACUCUGUCUUCCUUCCCAACGGUCAGCUCUGUCCCCUGCUCAUGGCCCACUACCAUGCCCAGGCCUCCCAGGGCUCCGAGCAAGAGAAGCUGGACUUCGCCCUCAACAACAAGCGCCGUGUGGUGCGCCUCGCCCUACAGUGGGCCACCUUCCACGCCGACCAGCUCCAGGAAGAGGAGGCCUCCCUGGCCUUCCUGGAGGAGCUGUAUAUAGCUGUGUCAGAUGAUGGCAGGCUCUUCCCUGCACUUCAUGAACAGCUCCCUGUGCUGGAGAAGAUGGUCAAAAACAAUUCAGAUGAUUCCAGAUCAUCACAAAAGAAGCACAAGGUUCUCCUGAGACAGUUCAGCAUGGGCGACGAGAAACACCAGAAGAGGCAGCCCAUCAAGAGCAAUGAUGAGAUCUUGUUCAAAGUCUACUGCAUUGACCACACCUACACCACCAUCCGGGUCUCGGUGUCCGCCUCGGUCAGGGAGGUCAUCAGCGCUGUGGCUGACAAGCUGGGGUCAGCGGAGGACCUUCUGCUGGUCAGCCUGAGUUCGGCCGGAGAUAAGGUUGUGCUGAAGCCCAGUGAUGUGUCAGUCUUCUCCGCGCUCAGCGUUAAUGGACGUCUGUUUGCGUGCCCUCGGGACCAGCUCGAUUCAUUGACACCUCUGCCAGAACAGGAAGGUCCUUCCACUGGCUCCUUACCAACAUUUGAGUUGAUGAGCUCCAAGGACCUGGCCUACCAGAUGACCCUCUGUGACUGGGAGCUCUUCAACUGUGUGCAUGAGCUUGAGCUGGUGUACCACACGUUGGGAAGGCAGCACUUCAAGAAGACCACGGCCAACCUGGACCUGUUUCUGCGGAGGUUCAAUGAGAUCCAGCUCUGGGUUAUUACGGAGAUGUGUCUGUGUGCACAGCUCAGCAAGCGGGUGCAGCUCCUCAAGAAGUUCAUUAAGAUCGCUGCUCACUGCAAGGAGUACCGGAACCUCAACUCCUUCUUUGCCAUCAUCAUGGGCAUGAGUAACCCAGCGGUGAGCCGCCUCAGUCACACGUGGGAGAAACUGCCAAGCAAAUUCAAGAAGUUCUAUGGGGAGUUUGAGAACUUAAUGGACCCGUCCAGGAACCACCGAGCUUAUCGCCUCACCAUGGCCAAGCUGGACCCUCCCAUCAUCCCCUUCAUGCCUCUCCUGAUCAAAGAUAUGACAUUCACCCAUGAAGGGAACAAGACUUACACUGACAGUUUGGUUAAUUUUGAGAAAAUGCGCAUGAUUGCAAACACAGUGCGGAUAGUGAGGUACUGCCGGAGCCAACCAUUCAGUCUGGACGCAUCUCAGGUCAACAAGAACCACCAGGAUGUGCGGGGCUACGUGCACCAGCUGAACGUGAUCGACAACCAGAGGACUCUCUCACAACUCUCCCAUAAGCUGGAGCCCCGGAGGACCUGAGGCGCGGCCGCCUUACGUCCAGCAUUGUACCCAUGCUGCUUCACCUCUACUGCCAAAACAACAACAACAACAACAACAACAAUAAGAACAACAACAAUAAGAAACAACAGGCUGUAUACACGCCACAUGACAAGCAUCCUCUUCUUCUUCCGCUCUCAAGGGACCCAUUUGCGUCACCAUGGGUGAUUCUGGUGACAGCCAUAUUGCAUCAGCUCUAUGUGAUUUGCUAGCAGAAGCUAAUGAUAUUUUAUAAGUCAUUAUGAAGACAUAUUUUGGCUGUUUGUUUAUAUUGAUGUAUUGUUUUUCCAUUCCUGUGGUGAAACAUUCACCAUGAACACUACUGUUUCAUUUUUAAGAGUAAUGAAACUUGCUGAACUAGUCUUGCUUCUUGCACGGCACCCGGGCAGACCCUGCUUUGGUUAAAAAGAGUUGUGAGAGUGGAUGUUUCCUGUUUGUGUGAACCACUGGCAUCAGAUAUGAGCACACUUUAUAGUCUCAGGGUUUGGUCCGAUCUACUGUAAGUGUGGGGGCAGCAAAGCGUAACCUCGGUAAUCUUGGCAGAACGUCUUCCACAGAUUACCGAGGCCUUCAGAUCUGAUGCUGGUGAAAAUGCUGUCAGGCUUUCAUAGGUGAACUCUUGUUGAUUCUCUGAUGAGCUCUAGCUCCUGUACAAUCUUUUUUGGUGUGUUAAGCCUUCCUUUUAACUCUCUUAUAUGUGUUUUGUAAAUGGUGUUAUAUUUGUAAGUACUUUAAUUUUGUGGUUGUUUUCUCACACAUUUUUAAACAAUGUUUAUUUUAUUUAUUUUGACCUCUGCAUGUAAUGAGUUUAAUAUCAGACAGAUUAAAUAUGAGCACAUUUUAAAAAUCUGUGGAAAACUGUCUGCAAACUUUUUACCAAGAUGUAGCCUAGGCUAUUCUGUAAAUAAUGUAAACCUAUUAAAAGUAUUUACGGACA